CUCGUUACGCUCUGCCUUCACAUAAAGUUAAACAAGACUAAUGAAUCUCAUUGUAUUAUAGGCAGCUUAUCGCUUUCGUUAAUCGUAACCAGCUUUGCUAUUUUUUUUUCUCCGGUCCAAUCGGAUUUACAUUUCACAAGAUGUCCAGCUCAUCGCCGAGCUCAUCGACCAGGGGGUAUGUCUUCGCCAUGGCAUCGUUGUGCGUGGCAGUCUGUUCGAGAUGGGCCGUGGUCGUUGACGCCUUCAACGUCGAUACAUCGAACCCUUUGAUUUUUCAACACAGCGAUACAGGCAGUCAGUUCGGCCUCGCGCUAACGCUUCACCGGGAAGGUGGCCAGAAUAUGCUGUUGGUGGGGGCUCCUCGGGCUGUCUCAUCGGGGUAUUCUCCGGACAUGGGCAUAGGACGGAGUGGCGCCCUCUUCAAGUGCCCGAUCGAUACAUCUACCAGUGUUACCGACGCUGACUCCGAAUGCCAGGAGAUUGUAGUCGAUACUACCGGAAAUGAAUAUCUUACGGAGGAUCCUAACUUCCAGUCAACGAAUGCUACUGGUCAAUGGUUAGGAAGUGUUGUACAAAGUGGAGGCUCGGACGGGUCAGUUGUGGUAUGCAGACCGCUGUAUCAGUAUCAAGCGUUAGACAACAGCGAGAAGAUUGACCGAUUCUUAGAAGGUGGUUGUUUCGUCAUCAAUGGGGGUCUGACGUCACCGAAUUUGGGGCUGCUGGACACAGUCGAGAAUUACAAUCCAUGCGCAGCAAAGGAUGACGUAGUUGGAUAUCGGAAAAGAUACCGAUGUGAGUUUGGUGGUAGCGCUGCAGUAAGAGAUGCUCGUAUCGUUUACGGUGCUCCGGGGGCCUGUUUAUGGAAGGGUCGAUUUUGGUACACAGCGGGAACAAUAGAUGACAGUUCUCCUCAGUACUCCUAUCCGCAGGGAGCUUGUGCCUUUAAGCUUGAUUUUGAAUACUACUUUGGUCAUGCUCUUGCGUUUGGAAAUUUCCGAGACGGUCCCUCCUCUGCUUUGGAGGUUGCAGUUGGCGCACCACGUUGGAAGCACGGAUUCGCGCGGGUAUUCUUGUAUGACGAUUCUCAGAUGGAGUACGAUCAACUUUACGCCAGUGAUUUAGCCACGUACUUUGGGCAUGCCUUGGCCGCUUCGGAUCUUAAUAAUGAUGGGUAUGAUGAUCUGGUAGUCAGCGCACCAAUGUUUACAGAUGAGGAGAGGUCAAUAGACGCUGGGUGGGAGGUUGGCAAAAUCUUCAUUUACUAUAAUGAUCAACAGGGAAGUUUUUCUAUCGAUAAUGUUGACACAAUCAUUGGGACCGGUGCAGGAUGUCGUUUCGGCUAUUCCUUAGCAGCUUUGGGUGAUAUCAAUGGAGAUGGUUUUAAUGAUUUGGCGGUGGGGGCGCCCUUCUGUGAAGGUGGUGAUGUUGGCAAAGUUUUCAUUUACCAUGGCACUGGGAUAAACUUGCCCCUCAAUCUCUCACCACAACAGAUCUUGAAUCCUCCAGAACAAGGCACACCUCUGAAGUACUUUGGAUUUGUGAUAUCAGCCGGAUAUGACAUCGAUCAGAAUGAUUAUCCAGAUUUUGCCGUUGGCGCUCACGAGUCUCAAACUGCUUUAAUAUAUCGGUCGAGAGCCGUGGUGUCGACAAGCGCAGAUAUAUAUGUUGAGGAAAACCCGAUAAAUCUGGACUUCAAGAACAUGACCACUUCAAAUGGCAUCUCCGUAGCAGGGUUCCGUGUCGUUAUCUGCAUUCAGUAUAGUGGACAAGGGGUACCUGAUAACUUGAAUUUCAUAUACGACAUCCUCUUGGACUCGUCAAGGCAACUUAUCAACCGUCGAGCCGCCUUCAUCAGUAACAACAUGGCGAGUCUUAAUGGCCAGACUUUAAGUGCGUCACUGGAAGGUCGGACAUGCGCGACGCACGAUGCAUAUAUCCGGCCUGCAAUUAGGGACAAACAGACCCCAAUAACUCUUCAGCUUACGCAUGGUCUAGAUGAAGCAGCUCAAUCAAGCUCUACUGUACAACCCAUCAUGUCUAACCGGGCCACCACAGUCUCUAUUAACUCCCUUGUCUUUGCCAGGGAUUGUGCGGGCGAAACGUGUUAUCCAGAUCUCGGUCUUAACACCAAUGUUUCGACUACGCAGCUGAUGAUUGGGAAGGCUGAAACUUUCUUGGUUACGGUCGACGUCAUGAAUAGUGGGGAAGACGCUUUCCUAUCUGUACUCGAGAUCUUUGAACCCCCUGGCCUAUUUUUCGUCAGUGUCCAACGAUCGAAUACAGGUACCAUUGUGUCAUGCUCAAGUUCGUCAACUACAAACAAAAGAACGUGCAAUAUUGGCAAUCCUUUAGGAGCCGGAGACGAGAUAACUGUAAAACUACAGUAUCAGACGGCUACGUAUAGUUCUUUCUCUGGUCCUGCUGUCUUGAAUUUGACGGCUCGCAGUACUGAUGCUGAAAAGCCAGGAAGAGAUGAAGAUAACUUCGCAAGUGUUUCGAUCCCAGUCUUUGCAUCAUCCUCUCUGGUGCUCACUGGCAAUUCAAUUCCAGACACCCUGGUUAUUAUCGAGGAUAGCAAUGAAACGGACAGCAUUGGGCCUCCCAUGAGUCACGUGAUUCGAUUGCAAAACAACGGCCCCAGUUUCAUCGGCCCCUCCAUCAUCGAGAUACUAUGGCCGAUCAGACUCCAGGACGGCACUGUCCUAAUGACUGUGGCCGAGGCCUCCACCGAAACAGGCAUGCCAUGUACUUCUACUUUGAAAAUAAACAGUGGCGCUUCAACGGAGAACAACAUCACCACCUAUGAAGACGACGUCAGCAAUACUACCAUCUACACGUUAUGGGCCGAUUGCGAUUCCCUUCCCGAAUGCUUAGUGAUCCAGUGCCCUCUGUCUUCCCUUGGCGUCGGGGCGGACGCAGCCGUCAUUAUCAGCGUAGAGUCGAUGCUGUUGCGUGAUACAGUGUUCGCAAAAUAUUUUCUACAUUACAUAGAGGUUGUUUCCACAGCGUCCGUCUCGGUCAAUGGUACGGUGUACCCUGGUAUACCUUAUUCCCCACACCCCACUGUUUCACCCCUCGAGAUCCAGACAGAGAUCAGGGUACAGUAUGAGAAACAAAGGGUUUUCAUCCAGACCACACCUAUAUGGAUCUACAUCGUUUCCUCUAUAGGUGGUCUUCUCAUCCUCAUCAUUGUCAUCGCAAUUCUAUACAAGGUGAAGUUCUUCAAGCGCAAGCAGAUAACUGAGGAACAGCGAGAGAUUCUGCAAGAACAUCGGAAGAGUGUCCGAAGGUCCAGGAUGUCCGCGCCCGAUCCCGAUUCCCCACCUCCUGACGACGCCUUGGGUAUGGAAGAAUCGCCCUUACAACGAGAAGGUUCUGUGGCUGGUCUUAUUCAAGAAUAAUAAAAUGUUUAACAAAAUAUUUUGUGAAUAAGUGACAUUACCAAACAGUAGGCCUAUAGUGCGGGAACCUUCCUACCAGUAGUCCAGAUUGGACCUUGAUUGGUGUUUGGAACUCUUUCCCAAAGCUAACAUUGAGGGCA